UAGUUGUCACUUCUAGGAGCCGCAACUGAGCGGCUGGCAUGGCUGCUUGAGGUGCGUUGAUGUCUCUUCCUCCCUUCUGAAAAGGCUUGAGAAACAAAACAAACAAACAAAAAUAAACCAAACCGUCAGACGUCAUUACAGGUUUUUAUCUGAACUGGUUUUGGUUUCGCUGCUAACCGUAGGAGAAAUAGGACAGCUAUUUGCCUGGUUGGCUUGCCAGCGGCUGUGGAUGGAUAUGCAGAUUGCAGACCGUUGCAGCGCUAAGCCUGAACCGAAAACAAACACGCAACGACCUGGGUGUGCUUUGCAAAAUGGAAAGAAGAAAAAAUCUCGCUCUAGAAGAGGGAGAAGAGGGAAAAGACGAAGAAGCAAAAAAGCAAAUGAACCGCCACCGUUUUUGCCGCCAGAGGCGGAGGAGGGAAACAUUGAGUACAAGCUGAAGCUGGUGAACCCAACGCAGUAUCGUUUUGAGCACCUGGCCACGCAGCUGAAGUGGCGUCUUCAAGAGGGCCGUGGCGAGGCCGUCUAUCAGAUUGGCGUGGAGGACAAUGGUCUGCUGGUGGGCCUUACUGAGGAGGACAUGACGGCAUCGCUCAACACCCUACGCAGGAUGGCAGAGAAAGUUGGUGCCGAUAUCACACUCUUGAGGGAAAGGGAGGUCGACUAUGAGUCAGACCGUGCCCGUCGGAAAAUUGCGGAAGUUCUCGUCCGAAAAGUUCCAGACGACCAGCAGUUCCUUGACCUGCGCGUGGCUGUACUGGGAAACGUGGACUCGGGCAAGUCCACGCUGCUGGGCGUGCUCACCCAGGGCGAGCUGGACAACGGGCGAGGGCGCGCCCGCCUCAACCUAUUCCGCCACCUGCAUGAGAUCCAAACGGGCCGCACGUCCAGCAUCAGCUUUGAGAUCCUUGGCUUCAACAGCAAAGGGGAGGUGGUCAACUACAGCGAGUCACGAACAGCUGAGGAGAUCUGCGAGAGCUCGUCCAAGAUGAUCACUUUCAUCGACCUGGCUGGCCACUACAAGUACCUGAAGACCACCAUCUUCGGCCUGACCAGCUACUGCCCCGACUUCGCCAUGCUGGUGGUGGGAGCCAACACUGGUAUUGCUGGAACCACGCGGGAGCACCUGGGCCUGGCCAUGGCACUGAAGGUGCCCAUCUUCAUCGUGGUUAGCAAGGUGGACCUGUGCGGCACCGUCACCGUGGAGAAGACCGUGCGGCAGCUGGAGAAGGUGUUGAAGCAGCCGGGCUGCAACAAGGUUCCCAUGCUGGUGGCCAGCGCAGACGACGCUGUCACCGCUGCCCAGCGCUUCGCCCAGUCUGCCAGUAUCACCCCCAUCUUCACACUGUCCAGCGUGUCUGGGGAGAAUCUGGACCUGCUCAAAGUCUUCUUCAACAUCCUACCCCCACUGAGUAACAGCAAGGAGCAGGAGGAACUCAUGCAGCAGCUAACCGAGUUUCAGGUUGAUGAGAUCUACAGUGUACCAGAUGUGGGAACGGUGGUUGGAGGGACGCUCUACAGCGGUGUGUGUCGCGAGGGCGACCGUCUGGUGGUGGGCCCCACAGAUGAGGGCCAGUUCCUGCGGCUGAAGGUGUGCAGCAUGCAGAGGAACCGCUCAGCAUGCCGCGUCCUGCGGGCGGGCCAGGCCGCCACACUCGCCCUUGGAACCUUCGACCGCUCGCUGCUGCGCAAGGGCAUGGUGAUGGUGAGUCCGAAAAUGAACCCUACCAUCUGCUGGCGCUUUGAGGCGGCCAUCGUCCUGCUGUUCCAUGCCAAGACGUUCCGCUGCGGCUUCCAGGUGACAGUGCACGUGGGGAACGUGCGGCAGACCGCCACUGUGGAUGGCCUGCUCGGGAAGGAGGAACUGCGUACAGGUGAGAGGGCUGUGGUGUGUUUCCGCUUCCUGAAGCACCCCGAGUAUCUGCGCGUGGGGGCCAAGCUGCUGUUCCGCGAGGGUGUUACCAAAGGAAUCGGUCAUGUGACCCACCUCCUGCCCUCCCAGAACAACGACCAGAAUCACAAAGCCCACCAGAACCACAACUAGAUGAGAGUGAGCGGGAGACGUAUAGAGUGACUGACUGACUGUGAGAGAGAUGUGGGUGUGUGUGUGUGGGUGUGUGGUGUCCACCUCACACAGAUGAAAAAGUAGAAAGAUCUAUGCUUUAAUCCCUAGAUCUAGUGGCAUUAAUUUGUCUGUUGGCUUAAUGGUUAAGACAGCGAUUGAACUAUAAUGGUGCAAGCGUGUGUGUGAAGCUUGAAUGAAGGGUUCUCUCUCACAUAGUCAACUGCAUGUGGUAAUUCUGAAACACUAAGCUUUCCUGUCUAAAUUUUGAUUCUGUAAGAGUCUUUCUCUCCCUCUUUUUUUAAUCUCACGUAUGCCUACAGUGUAUUGACGUAUUAACAUGCCUGUCUUUAGUUCCUGUGGCUCUUUUAUAUUCUAGUUCGUCUUAGACCUAUAGAGCACUGGGAAUAACAACAGUAUUUAACAUGCUCUUUAUGCGAGUAGCAGCACAAGCAUGAUGCUCAAUACUGCAGAGUCUUGUAGGUGAUGGAUUCUUCUACUGGACCGAUUUAAAUGCUUCAGGGUUCUGCUAGGGGUGGGCAAUGCGGCCUAGAAAUGAUAUCAUGAUAUUCUCAUCGUAUCGUGAUAUUUUGAUGCUAUUCAUAAGAGUUUACGUAGGGCUUAGAACGGUUGUGUGUGGGGCUACAGGUCCUUUGUUAGGAGCAGGAGGUGUGGGUGGCUGUAAUACUUUAAACAUUAGAUCUGGGUUCGUUGUGUUCUUCGCUCUGCUGCUAGUUUUCAGCAGGGCUAAUGGGACUAGCUAGAUUCUAGAAUAGCAGAGAAGCCAGCACCAUCACUUCCAGCAGCACGGAGGGGAGGCGUGCUGACUCAGCAUGUCCUUAUUUCAGUCUUGAUGGAAGAAAUUAUAUCUGCACUGCUGGAGCAGACGUUGUUCGGGCUGCGUUGCAAUAUUAAGACUCAAAAGAAAAUCCCAUUUCUCUGUGAUUGCAUAUAAGAACGGUGACGUGGGAGCGGAGCAGAGUCCAAACAACCGCGCUCGAGGACGUUCCGGAGUCGGCUUUGGGAGUUGCUGCCCGAAUAACAAAUCGGCAUGACCGCCCAUAUAUGUUGUUUGCUAGUUUGUGCCAAGCAAGGGCCGUGAGUUGUUUGCGUUGAAACCCUCCGGAUGACCGGCCCACGUGCUCAGCAGACCAGUGUGCCUUCUGAGUAGGCGGCUGGGCAAGGAUGGAACAGCAGCUGUUCCUUGGCUGGGGGCCAGUCUUGAGAUUCUGUGCAUGCGCAAAAAGUUCAAACGAUGCUGUGCAUUUGUGUUUUUGUCCCUCUCCCCGAUCCUUGAGAAUUCGUGCAAUUAAACAGCGAAAAGAAUGAAUUAAUGUAUCGUACACUCACGUAAAUGUGCAUUUUAAAUCACUUAACCUUUAACUUCUGGUUCUAACACUUGCCUUCUGGUUUUUGCACUGGUUAAUGUGUUUAGAAGCUUCAUCUCAUCCCAGUAAGUAACCUUUUGUCUUGCAAUUCUUGGCACAGCAAAACGCCUUCGUACUGCAUGCUGUGGGUGUUUACUCUGUAAAAGGCCUCGAGUGGAAGUGCCCACGAGGCACUGGAUGCAUUUGCUUUUCACCAGAGGAUGAAGACUUAGAUUUGAGGUUUUUGUUUUUUGGAAGCAAUGUCAGUGUACUGCAUCAUACUUCAACGCGCUGCAACUAGUUUAAGUAAUAAAGAGAUGUUUUAUCGUG